AUGAGUCAGACUCAUUGGAAGAGCUUCUUCAGUGCCAUUGUGUCAAAAGCGUCGUGUUUGGAAAUCUUGUCAAGUGGGUCUCCAGAAAAUUAUAACGGUGCAUUGCAAGUGAUCUAUAUAGAGACGCAUGCGCAGACUCCUUUUGUUCCGAUCCGUGACAACAUGUUGGCAAGGUACUGCAAGCAAGUGGGUGAAAAGAAGUGGGCAGUGGUGGACGUUUCUCUGGACAUAUUCCGGGCAAUCCAUCUAGUGAAGUCGAGGAAAAGGCCUUCCGGGUGCAUAAUUGAAGAUGUGGCCGAUGGAUUCACAAAGGUGACUUGGAUAGAGCACGUUGAAGCAGAAGAAGUGCCUGGUGUUCAUCCAAUCUACAGGGCUCUGGUCAGUUCGGGCCUGGCUUUUGGGGCCAAACGUUGGGUUGGUAUUCUCCAGAGCCAAACCGAUCGUCUGGUCAGUGUCAUGUCCAACACUACCCUGCCCUUUUCUGACAUAACGGUGGAAAGUAGGAGGAGCCAUACUCGGUUGUCUGAGAGGAUGGUAAGGAUCUUUAAUAAGGGAGUGAGUGUGGCUACAGGGCAUCCUUGGAGUAUAAUUCCACACAGUGCCCCAAAUCAAAUUAGAGUUCUCAUGAUCAGGAACACAGAUAAUAUUCGCGGUCAUCCCGUAGGGGUAAUCCUUGCCGCUACAUAUUCCUUUUGGCUCAAUGCCAUGCCCAUCACUGUCUUUCAAUAUCUCCAAAAGCAACAAUCAAGGAGUCAGUGGGAUUUUCUUACAUCUUCUUUUCAACCAAUUCAAGAAAUCUCCCGUAUUGUGAUUGGCCGAGAUUCUGCUAGCAGUAUAUCUGUGCUACGACUUAAUGCUGAUGUUCUGGUCCUGCAAGAGGAAAAUUGGGAUCCAAUGGCAGCGUACAUUGUAUAUGCCCCGGUUGACAGCACGACGGUGAACCUGACUUUGGUCGGAGGGGAUUCCGACGACUACGUGACAAUGCUUCCUACCGGUUUUGUGAUAAGUCCUGACGGUCUGGGCAAUGGAAGUGAUGGGGGCGGCGGAUCAUUGGUAACUUUAUCCUUGCAGAUUUUGGUUGAUUCUAAUCCCAAUGUUGUGGUUCAACCGCCAUCUGUCGACCAUCUUACUACUUUGCUCAACAACACCGUCAAUAAACUCAAGAUUGCCUUAAUGAACCAGGAAGAUGAUCUUUUCUUUACCUAG